CAGUGGUCCGUUCCAUUGGGAUUGGGUGGGUCUGGGGACCUAGGCAGACCAGAUGGCCGGGCUAUUCACCGAGCAGGCUGCUGUGUACGCCGCAGCACGGCCGGCGUACCCGAAGGAUCUGUUUGCCAAGCUCUCGGCGCUCACUGCUCACCACCGCCGCGCUUGGGACGUCGGUACUGGCAAUGGCCAGGCAGCCAUCGGUGUCGCGGAGCACUACGACAGCGUGGUGGCCACGGACGUGUCCGCGGAACAGCUGCGGCACGCCACGCCACACCCCAAGGUCCGGUACCUGCACACCCGCGACGCCACGCCGGGGGAGGAGGACCUCGUCGCCAUGCUGGGCGGCGGCGAGGCCAGCGUGGACCUCAUCACGGUGGCACAGGCCGUGCACUGGUUCGACCUCCCGGCGUUCUACGGCGCCGCGCGCCGCGUCCUGCGGAGGCCCGGCGGGGUGAUCGCGGUCUGGGGCUACAACUACCGCGUGAGCCCCGUGGAGGACAUGAUGGCGCGUUUCUUCAGCACCACGCUGCCCUACUGGGACCCCCGAGCUCGGUAUUGCACUGACGGAUACCGGGACCUGCCGUUCCCCUUCGAGGACAUCGGGCUCGGGAAGGAAGGAGAGCCGGCGAGCCUCGACGUGGAGCACGAGAUGUCGUUCGAGGGCCUGAUUGGCAUGCUGAGGUCCUGGUCGGCGGUGACGACGGCGAAGCAGCAGGGCGUGGACCUGCUGGGGGCCCGCGUCGUGAAAGAGCUGGAGGAAGGGUGGGGUGGGGCGGAGCUGGUGCGGAAGGUCACAUACAAGGCCUUCCUCCUGGCAGGCACCCCGGGGCCCAUGGCUGAUGAGUAAUCAAUGAGGACCUGUUUGGAAAUAUAGUUUUCUCGUUCUACAGUAUUUCAAUACUAUAGUAUGUCGUAUGUUAUAACAUAAAACUGUAGUUUUAGCAAAACUAAAGUAAAAUCAAAGUAGUUCUUCAUACAUAGCACUGUUUGGUAGCAUAUAGUUUUUGGCUUAUAUAAAUAAGGAAGAUAAGUUUAAAUUCAAAUAGCUACAACUUAUGAUGGGCUGCAUCAUCGGUAAGACAAGUUUAAAUUCAAAACAGUCUGUUGUAACCAUCUGAGUAUCGAAGUUCACAAAGUUG